UUCAAAUAUAAAAAAAUGCCGAUAUUUUUAAAACCGCUCAUAUUUAAAUGGGAACAUUUUUAUUUGAAAAAAUAUCUUCAAAGUAUCAAGUUAUCUUUGAAUUGCCAUUACAGUUCUCCUUCCCCCACAUCUUGGAUCUUUAAAAAAAAAUUGUCUGUGAGAUCAAACUUUCUGAAUGAAAAUUACUACAACUAUUUCGCAUUUUUAUGAGAUAUCAAGCUUCGAAUUAAAACUUUUUCAACUUUUUGCGAUUUAUUAAUUGAUACCUCGACUUCGCGAAACGACUAAUAUUCUAUACUCGACUUGUUUCUCAGUAUCCACGGACAUGCGGAUGAAUUUUGUCAAAUCGGAUAUCCGAGAAAAUGAAGAAAAUAAUAAACGAGGUAGCCUCGACGGAAUUCGAUCAACGCAGCGCCAACACAGGGAUCGUUUAUUGAUCGUCAUUGAGCCGCAUCAUCAUCCCCCGGUGGCACGCAUUUCGCGGGCAAAUUGUCGGAUCAAUAUCUCACCCCCACGCGGACGGUUGAGCGGCAUCGCGACGAGAGCGAACGAACGAGCGACCGUCAAAGUUUCAAGAACGCCAAGCGGUUUCGCAUCGUCUCGCGCGGCUGCUCCUGCUAGUGAUUCACCGGCGGAUUACUCCGAAAAACGCAAGUGUCUCUCGAACGUGUUGCUUAUUCCUGCCUGCCCGGAUGAUCAUCCGGCCGUGUGACUAUCGACGUUAUGCCCGCAACGUGCUGAAGGACACGGCGCGCGUUGGCCAACACGAAAAAUAACUCGGACCGUGUUGAUCCGAUGACCGUUUGACGGAUGCACAUAUAUGUAAAUCGAGGAAAAGGAUAAUUGACGACUUUUGUGACAGCUUCUCCCAUUUCAACAAAAAAUCCAGACUUGUGUACUUUAUACAAUCGCCGAAUGAAAUGCAAUUGUAAUGUGAAAAUUGUGAAAGUUCUCAUAUUCGGCGAAUUUUUUGUCUCGGAAGUUUUUGAGGGUGGCAUCUCUUUAGAUGCGGGGAAUACAGCGACAGGCGUGUUUCCACACAAGGAAAGCGCUGACAGAGGAGCUGAUAGAAGAAGACUCGAAGAUCGCACGCCACAAUCUCAAUCUCGAGGAAGAGUACGCGACGAUCGUAACGAGGAUAGUCGGUGAAUAAUCAUUCCCGUUCUUUGAGUUUAAUUAACUCGACACAGUUGUGCAUCGACGACUUGUGACGAAAUUACAUCACGAUGUUAGAAAUUAAAUCAGGUGCUGCGCCAAAACACUACCUCUGCUACAUGUACAAAACUAUUGAAGAAUUAAUUGUAUUAGGACUACAAUGAAAAUAGAUGCAUUAUAUAUUAUAUUAUGAAAGAAUAUAUAUACAUACAUAUAUAUAUAUAUAUAUUUAUAUAUAUAUAUAUAUAUACAUUUAUUCACAGUGUAUAUAGAAAGAAUAUAUUCUGAUGAAUAAGCGUUUACACAUACAGUAUUGCUAUAACAUUCUGUAUCAGAAAAGGUUCUUCCUUGUGCUACGAGGUUACUCUUAAUCGAUUAACCAUAAAUAAUUGUUAUGGAAGCGUUUAGGAAAAGAGAAGAUACGACGAUGAUUUAUGCCUACCAUUUUUCUGACGGGCGAGGAUAAUAGAAGAAUAAUAAAGCGCAUAGCGGUUGCAUACACGCCCAACACAAGGCUCAAGCAAAAUAGAUUUAAGCUAGGUAGAAGCGAGAAAACAAUGAGUAUACCGUACGAUGAGAGCUUAAUCUGGAUAGUGGUGGUCGGCUUUAUAGUGGCGUUUAUCUUGGCGUUCGGCAUUGGCGCCAACGAUGUCGCCAAUAGUUUCGGGACGAGUGUCGGCGCCGGGGUUCUCACGAUAUUCCAAGCCUGCGUUCUGGCGACCUUCUUCGAGAUCGCAGGCGCUGUACUGAUAGGAUAUAAGGUUUCCGAUACGAUGCGAAAAGGUAUACUGGACGUCUCGUUAUACGAGGGCCAUGAGAAGGAGUUGAUGUUGGGAGCAUUAUCCAGUUUAGCCGGCUCCGCUAUCUGGCUACUACUGGCAACUGCGUUACGACUUCCAAUUUCCGGUACGCAUUCCAUUGUUGGUGCUACAGUCGGAUUUUCCCUCGUUUGCAGAGGUAUCGCUGGGGUAAAAUGGAUAGCACUCGUUAAUAUAGCUGCGUCUUGGUUUGCUAGUCCCAUACUCAGCGGAAUCGUAUCCUCCGGUAUUUUUUGGCUCCUGAGAAAAUACGUACUACAAUCCAACGAGCCGUUUGAGCAAGGUCUCUAUAUUCUCCCCGUGGCAUACGGUCUGACCGUUGCUAUCAAUAUUAUGUCAAUUGUGCUCGACGGACCUAAAUUAUUAAUGUUGGAUCGAUUGCCGUGGUGGGGUAGCUUGAUAGCCUCGUUGCUACUGGGCAUGUUCGUCGCAAUGAUCGUAUAUGUGUUCGUGGUACCGUGGCAGAGAGCAAGAAUACUACUGGCAUCGAGCGGUAGCGGUGAGGAGACGACGACGCAAUUUAGCGCCUGUCAAGACAAGAAGGAGACAACGGCAUUGUCGGUAAUCUCGGAAGUACCUUGCAGCGACAGCAGCAAUGGUAACGCGAAAUCUAAUUUGGCGGUAACGACACCGCAGUUGCGCGGCAAUAGCAGCGAAAGCCCGUUGCUGAUGGUCGCACAGGCGGACGCGGAGAAUACGCAGGCAGACGGUAUGAUGGAGGAGGAUGAGCAGCCGGAGGUUUCGCGGCUAUUUGCCUUUCUUCAGGUACUCACCGCGGCGUUCGGUAGUUUCGCCCACGGCGGCAACGACGUCAGCAAUGCGAUCGGUCCGCUUAUCGCGCUCUGGGCAGUGUACACGGAGGGCUCGGCCCGGCAGGAGGCCGAAACAUCCAUAUUCAUACUCUUGUACGGCGGCCUAGGUAUCUCCACAGGACUAUGGGUUUGGGGACGCAGAGUGAUACGGACCUUGGGUCAGGACCUGGCGCGUAUCACCCCGAUUACAGGAUUUACCAUAGAGGUGGGUGCCGCAGUGACGGUCCUGUUGGCAAGUAAGAUCGGUCUACCCGUGUCAACGACGCAUUGCAAAGUGGGAUCGGUGGUAUGCGUGGGAUGGGUCUCACGUGGCGGCAAAGGGGUCUCGUGGAAGUUGUUUCGCAAUAUCGCGUUCGCGUGGCUGAUUACCGUGCCGAUGGCCGGCUGCCUGUCCGCCGGCUGCAUGGCCAUCUUCCGCGAAGUGAUUAGUUUGUGAUCGUCACGCGGCCGAGAAGACGCGGCUUUAGACGCAGAAAAUCGCCAUCCAAAUACCGCUCUCCUCUGUUGUCAAUAAAAGUUCUUCAACAAAUAAAUAUGGUCGAACAG